UGUCUCAGAGCCAGCAGCAAACAUUAUACCGUGUCAGGGUGGCUCCCAUGAAACAAACUGUGUUUUCAGACCAUUUUCUGUUGAAAAGUUUAUAGAAAAGAGCAAAGAUUAUGCUGAAUACAUCUGGGGACCUGGUGUUCAGUGGAACCACAUCCAAGCAAUAGGGAAAUUUCUAACAACUCACAGACGUCAGUGACAGAAAACAAGGCCGUUCUUCACAUCGCUCACCAGCACCGUGAUGGAAGAGAGAAGAGGAAAUGGAGAGCCCUGUGGCGACACUGAAGUUUUUGCUGAUCAGGCAGCUCAAGGGAAUGGCCCAGUAAUGCCAAGAGAGCUGAGGCUCAUCCUCGUAGGGAAGACAGGAAGUGGGAAGAGUGCAACUGGAAAUAGCAUCCUUGGCAAGAAAGCCUUCAAGUCAAAGCUCAGUCCCAGGCCAGUGACUGAGAGCUGCCAAAGAGAGAGCAGGGAAUGGCAUGGAAGGAGAAUUGUUGUCAUUGACACACCAGAUAUCUUUUCCUCCAGUGCCCAAAUAAAUGAAGAUCUAGAGAUCUGUCGCUGUAUGGCCCUCUCUUCCCCAGGGCCUCAUGCCCUGCUCCUGGUGAUGCAGUUGGGCUGUUACACCAACGAGAACAAGGAGGUCCUCAGGCGCAUCCAGGAGAUCUUUGGAGCAGAGAUCCUGGCUCACACCAUCCUUGUCUUCACCAGGAAAGAAGACUUAGGGAAGGAAACCCUAAAGGAAUACUUACAAGAAACAGGGAACAAAAGUUUGACCUGGCUGCAUGUGGUGUGUGAAGGAUUUCACUGUGGUUUCAACAACAAAAUUGAAGGGGAGGGACACGAGGUCCAACUAAAGGAACUGAUGGAGAUGAUAGAAGGGGUAGUCUGGAAAAAUAACUUAGGCUGCUACUCGAAUGAGGUGUAUGACUAUAUCCAGGAAAAUAUUCAACAGUUAAGAGAGGAGCUGGGAGAAGAGCCAAUAGGCCAGCGGCAGGGUUCUAAGGGAACUUUCUGUAAAGAGAAUAUAGCAUCAAAGGAGUCAGAUCAGACCUGCUCUACCCUAGAAAGUCUGAUGGCCAUUCAGAGGAAAUAUGAGCAGCAUCAAAAAUCAGUGCUGAAGAUGGAGUCGCAGACCCCUUGGGUGGUUGGCAACUCAUAUUGGGGUGCCUUCAGGGAAAUAUUCCCUGUCAGGUUCCUCAGGAGUCUUUAUCAUCUCCUCUACUACCCAUAAACCUAUCCUAGUUGAUUGGACCCAAGCACUGUGAUAGAGAGGAAGGAACCCAGAGCUGGGAAUCAGAGUAGAAGAAAGCUCAGAGAGCUGUCCCUAGCCAGAGUAUCAUUGAUGGCAAGUAGCCUAGAAUAAACAAUCCCAUCCCAA